AUGACAACUUCUACCAAAGGCGUCCAAUCCUGGGCGAUCAAGGCUACGUCCUGCCCAUCGGCCGAUAACCGCACUUCAGUCUGCACCCUCACACCCGUCAAACGCAACGUUACAGCCAUCGGUGCCUUCGACAAUGAGUACUGGGUCGACUCUCCUGUCGCCACACAGCUCGGUCUUCCACUCAAAAUCUGCAACAUGGCCACCGAAGGUCGCGCCAUCCGCGCUGACGCUCUUCACAAGAACUUCCGUGGCGGCAUCAACAACCCCGAUGCAGUCCUCAACCACGUCGCCAACCGCCUCUUCACCGAAAUUGACACCACUAAAGCCGGUUUCGGUGAAUUGAGCUUUGUUGACAAUUGGAGAUUCUGGGACGUGGUGCUUAUAGCGAGGACAGAUGGACAACAUCUCGACAUCGAGCACCUCCACGCUAUGGAUUGGUUCCUCCGCGGCCGCAUCAAGGAGAUUCGCGCCCACACUCGCACACUCGCCGGUGCCAAGGAGAAGCAGAAGUAUCUUCACGCGAUCAAGGACAGCAGCUUCACGGCGGGGAACAUGGCGGCGACGUGGGAGUCGAUCAAGGCAGAUGGGAUUGCGAAGGGGUAUGAGAAGUACGAGGGCAUGGGCAAUCCGUUCAAGCCGGUGAUGAAGACGAAGGGAAAGAAGAACAAAAUCGAGAGUGCUGGUGGCAGUGGGACGCCGAAGAUAUGUGCCUACUGUGGAGGGAGGAGUUUUUGGUUGACUGCUUCUGGCGGGUGUGAGGAGGUGUGGUAUUGUGGGCGCGCAUGUGAGGAUCGGGAUAGAGCGGUGCAUCAGGACGUUUGUGGAGGUAUGGUGAUUGAUGGAUAG